ACCGCGUAUAUGUCCAUGUUCAUUUUUUAACCGCUUUGCUCUUUCACUUGUCGUGUUUCCACAGAAGUGUAAAUAGACACGAUGUCGGCUCACAAGACAUUUAUUAUCAAGCGAAAGCUUGCGAAAAAGUUGAAGCAAAAUAGACCGAUUCCUCAAUGGGUGAGAAUGCGGACCGGUAAUACUAUCCGGUAUAAUGCAAAAAGGCGUCACUGGAGGAGAACUAAACUAAAGUUGUAAAUUAACACAUUUGCAGAUGAUAAAUAAAGAUAUCACUUCUGCUUAAGGAAUAAAAUCUGUCAUUUUCUUUUGUGUAAUAUCUUUAUGGCUACACAAUAUUAAUAUAAUGGAGCACAAUUUCACAUUAUUGUAUCAAUGUAUGAUUUAAAAUAAAACAUUAACAUAUUUUAA